CACUCUUAUUUCCGGUUGUCCGUAAUGUUAUAACUGUCCGUCAAAAACCUGCAUCCGCAUGACGAGAAUGGAAGGAAAUAAAAUAUAUAACAAUGUAAUAUCAGACGAAAGGAUUGUUUUCUGUAUCCAUAAAUAAGCAAUUUGUUUAUAUGUAUUUAAAAACGUUACAUAAAUGUCCUUUCUCAAUUUAACAAGGAAAUAUUCGGAAAGGUCGUAGCUGGCAUGGCUCAACACUCAGUUCACUGAAUGCACACUGGCCUUUGGUGACAUGUAUCGUGGCUGUGUGUGUCUAUCCCAGGGGUAGAGUGUUACUGAGGAUGUGGAGGGCAGGUCGUGUCCUGACUGUAGCAGAGAGAAGCACUGUCAGAUUCUGCUCCAGUAACCCACUGAAACCUUCAAACUCCUCUUCAUCCUUCCCACGACCUCAGGCUGAGAAACAGAGACGGAAGCGAGAGAGAGAGAAGGCCAUUCUUUCCAGUCAACACAAUGCACAAGAUCAAGCGAAAUGGACUGAGAAAGAAGCAGUAGCAUACACAGCCCACACUCCACCUGGAAUAAAGAAAGACACCAGUUUGCCUUUCCCAUCAUCUUACAGUCCAGACUAUGUGGAAUCCAGCUGGUAUCAGUGGUGGGAGAAGGAGGGAUACUUCAGCCCAGAGCAGCAUGAGAAACUCACUCAUGCUGUGGAUCGCACUUUCUCUCUGUGUAUCCCUCCACCAAACGUGACAGGAACUCUGCACCUGGGCCACGCUCUGACUGUGGCUGUAGAGGAUGCUCUGGUUCGAUGGAGGAGGAUGCAAGGAUGCAGAGUACUCUGGGUUCCAGGGUGUGAUCAUGCAGGAAUUGCAACACAGAGUGUGGUGGAGAGGAGACUGCUGAGGGAACAAGGGAAACAGAGGCAGGACUUCACCAGGGAGGAGUUUCUACAGGAGGUGUGGAGGUGGAAGAAUGAGAAAGGGGAGGAAAUCUACCACCAGCUGAGGCGGCUUGGAGCAUCUCUGGACUGGCAAAGAGCCUGUUUCACCAUGGAUCCAGCCUUCAGCAGGGCAGUGACUGAGGCCUUUGUCAGGUUGUGUGACUCAGGGCUCGUCUAUCGAUCAGAGGCUUUGAUUAACUGGAGCUGUGCUUUGCAAUCUGCCAUCUCUGACAUAGAGGUUGAUUCAAAGGAGCUGUCUGGCCAGACGAUGUUGUCUGUUCCUGGUUAUGAGCAUAAAGUGGAGUUUGGAACCAUGGUUACCUUUGCCUACCCAGUAGAAGACUACAAUGGAGAAGUAGCUGUGUCCACCACCCGUCCUGAGACUAUGUUGGGAGACGUGGCUGUAGCCGUUCACCCUGAUGAUCCUCGAUACCAGGCUGUUCAUGGGAAGCAGUGCAGGCACCCCUUCACCAACAGACUGAUGCCCAUCAUCACUGACCCCAUGGUGGACAUGCAACUGGGAACAGGUGCAGUAAAAGUGACUCCUGCACAUGACCACACUGACUUCCUGCUGUCACAGAGGCACUCACUGCCACGCAUCACUGUGAUUGGAGAAGACGGGACGAUGAAUUCACACUGUGGACAAUGGCUGGAGGGAGUGAAACGUUUUGACGCCAGGCAGCGAGUGGUAGAUGCCCUCACUGAGAGGAAGCUGUUUAGAGGAAAGAAGGAUCACAGCAUGGCAUUACCUAUCUGCAGCCGGUCAGGGGACAUCAUUGAGCCUCUACUAAAGAAGCAGUGGUUUGUGCGCUGUGGUAAAAUGGCUAAAAAAGCUAUCCAGGCUGUGGAGGACGGACACCUGGAGAUCAUCCCCCACUUCUACACCAAAACAUGGAACAACUGGCUGUCAAACAUCAGCGAUUGGUGCAUUUCCAGGCAGCUUUGGUGGGGACAUCAGAUUCCUGCUUACCAAGUGGAGCUUCCUGAUUCUCCUGCCAAACAAGAGGAGUGGGUUUGGGGACGGAGUGAGGAAGAGGCUCGACAGAGAGCUGCUGUCAAAUAUGGAGUGAAACCAGAGGCCAUCUCUUUGACUCAGGACCCUGAUGUCCUCGAUACGUGGUUCUCCUCUGGGCUGUUUCCAUUUGCCAUGCUGGGCUGGCCUCAGCAGACCGCUGACCUUCAGCACUUCUACCCCAACUCCAUUCUGGAGACGGGCAGUGACCUAAUCUUCUUCUGGGUGGCUCGAAUGGUGAUGCUGGGCGUGGAACUGACUGACCAGCUGCCUUUUAAACAAGUCCUAUUUCAUUCUCUGGUGAGAGAUAAACAUGGCAGGAAAAUGAGUAAAUCUCUGGGCAAUGUCAUCGACCCAUUAGACGUCAUACAUGGAAUCUCUCUGGAGAGGCUCCAAGAAAAAGUGAAAGAGGGAAACCUUGACCCUAGGGAGCAGGCAGUUGCCAUGGAAGCCCAGAAGAAAGACUUCCCAAAGGGAAUCCCUCAGUGUGGGACUGACGCUCUACGCUUUGCCCUUUGCUCCCACAAGAUGCAAGGAGAGGAUAUCAGUCUGUCCAUCUCUCAGGUCCUGAGCUGCAGACACUUCUGUAAUAAAAUGUGGCAGACGCUGCGGUUCACACUCGGAGCGUUGGGUGAUGGAACAGCAUCAGUGGAAGCACUGGAGGAACUGCACCCCCUGAGCAGCAUGGACCGCUGGAUCUGCUCCAGACUCUACAGCACCGUCGUACAGUGCGAGCAGAACUUCGAGGCCUAUGAGCUGCACACUGUUACGUCAGCCCUGUAUUCCUUCUGGGUCCACAGCCUGUGCGACGUCUACUUGGAGUACAUGAAGCCUCUGCUGGCUCAGAAGGAUGGUGGGUCACAGGUCCAGGAUCAGACAGACCACAGCGGAAACAGAGCCAGACAGGUGGCCUGUAGCGUCCUCUACCACUGUGUGUCUACAUCUCUGACUCUCCUCUCCCCCUUCAUGCCCUUCAUCACCGAGGAGCUGUGGCAGAGACUCCAACCAUUCAGGCCACAAACUGCUCCUGCUGCGGCCAGUCUGAGUUUACAGCCAUACCCCACCUCCUCCCAGCUGGCUCACUGGCAUUUCCCUGAAGAGGAAAGAGAUUUCCUGCUGGUCCAGGAAGUGAUCCGAGUAGCCCGAUCGCUAAGAGCUCAGUGUGGCAUUACUAAGGAAAAACCAGCCAUGUGGGUGGAGUGUUCACCCAGCCAGGCCCAGAUCUUCCUUCACUUUGGACCAGCCAUCUCGACUUUAAGCCGCGUCUCCUGUUUCCACCUCAGCUGUCUUCAGGAAGGCGACACCCCCCUCCCCAUCCCUGCCACGCCUCCACCUAAAGGCUGCCUGGUCGGUGUGGUCGAUCACAUAUGUAAGCUACACCUCCACGUGCAGGGUGUAAUGAACAUUGACAAACAGAUCACACAGCUUUCCCAGCGCAGACACAAGCUUAUUCCCAAACUUGAGGAGCUCCUCUCCAAGGUCCAGUCUCCAGACUAUCUGACCAAGGUCCCAGCUCAGAUCAGGGAGCAGGUGGACAGUAAGAUGUCAGCUUUGCAGCAGGAACUGAAGAACAUUGAGGACCAACUGAAGGUGCUACAACAGACUCAAACAGCAGAAUAACUACAGAUAAGGCAUCAGGAUGAAGGACCUGACAGAGAUGAUGAACUGAUUAUUCUUAUACUAUAAUGUCCACUGGAGUGAAGAUGUCUACACUACUUGAAAGAACAGUAUCAUCAUUCUAUUGGUCACGUCAUGCAGUAUCUCUGUAUAAUAAUACCCAAUUGCUAAAUGAGUGGUGGUGGGCUGCAGGCAUCUAUAGAGAGGAAAAUUAAUUCAAUGAGGUCAUGACAGAUGUUUUCAGCAGUUCAGAGGUUCCUCCUUAUCAGCCACUGGUUGUGUACAUCAUUAUCACAAUGUGACUGUUAUGGGAACAAACUGAUGUAAUUAUCAUGUGCUUGAAUAUAUAUUUUCCAAAGCAAACAUGCAUGGAAAUAAAAACAUCCCUUAAAAAUUA